AUGACUGGGAAGACGUAUUGCAAGAGGCACGAGAUUUGCGUCAUUCCAGGUUGCCACACAACCCCUGAUACUCAUCCCGACGCUGGUAACGUUUUCGUGUGCCCCAAGCGCAAUAAGGCGGCCUCAGAUCUCCACUCACUCAUGCACAAUCCGGGCCCGACGUACGAGGAGUUCUACAGGAACAGAAGCCAUCCGCGAAACGCCCCAAAUACACGUCCCGGAUUUGAUGUACUUCCUGGUUGCAUCAAGUGUGCCGCCAUCUCCGGAGCCCAUCCACGCAACGGAACGAAUAAUGCUGCUGCAGAGACAAGUGUCGUUGUUCUUUGCCUCGACCAUGCUCGUGACGUUCUGGCAUCGGUAGAGCGCAAGGAACCCCGGCUUCCCCUCCUGGCCAGGGACAGGGAGCAGUCUGGGCACGGAAGGCCCCAGGAUCGCCGGCCCUUGGACGACUAUGACCAUGAGCCAGCUCCUCAUCGACGCCAGAGCAUUUCUAGCAAUGACUCUGACUAUCCACUUCGGAACAAAGAUGAAGCCAAUGGAAGCCCCCUCCGUUUAGAUCGGCGCCGAAGUGUCACAUUUGCUGACGUUGACUCUGAUGAUUAUCCCCACUAUCGAGGUCUCGGCAGCGUCGACAAUGGCCCCUCCCCUCACAACGGGCGGCGGACAGAUAUUGACCACAAUCCCGCGUCCCAUCGUCCUCGCGCUUCUACCAGAAAUGAAAGCACUGCUCCUCUCAACCACGAUGGUGGCGUGGGUGGCGCCUCAAGUCACAAGUACCGUGAUGGAAUUCCGAUUACAGACGAGACUGAGUCUGAGGAAAGCGACGAAUCCAUCACCGAACGGGAGGAAUCCUCUCGUCGGAGACUCCAGCAGCAGCGCCAAGACGUACUGCGCCGACGGGAACAACGGGCUGCUACCACCGCUACGCAUCAAGCAUACCAGGCGCCGGCAGUUGAGUCCCCGUCAACCGCCAAAGUUCGCGCCAGGUCUCCUUCCCUAACUCCUAGCCUUGUCAGUGUCCGAGACAAAACCAUGCGGGGCGCCAACCCAUCUAUCCCUGGAAAAAAAGGGGAGGAAAAGAAGAUGCAAGAAGAACUGAAGAAGAGAGAAGACAAAUUAAAGCAGAAGGGAGGCGAUCUAAAGAAGAACGAAAACGAACUGAAAACAAAGCAAAAUGCAGAGAAGCGUAAACAAGAGCUCUUUAUCCAAGCUGCCCGGGAAGAGCUGAGCAAGUUUCAGGACACGGAGUAUAACAUCCUCCGAAAUCAGUUUGCCGACUUCAUCCUUACCCGACACGACUUUCAUGAGCAGAAGAAGAAACUCCAACAGAAACACUCUGCGCAGAUGCUCAACUUGGAGAAUGAGCUGAGAUGGCGGUUCGCUAAUGAGGACGGAUUCGAUCCUUAUCCGGCUUCCCCGAGCACUGAGCGGAACACAAGCUGUCUAGCUAUCUCUCUCUCCGAGUUUGGCUUGUCUCGACCUUCCGUCUUGUCACUGUACCAGACACAUUGCCGAACUGUCAACAUCCGCAAGGUUGGGCAAUGGGAUGGCGGCGGCGUGGCGUCUCGCGAAGAGAAACCUCUUGGGGCUUGGUCCCAGAUGGGAUUGACGGAUGGACCAGGACAACCGAACCUCCUCAACCUCCUCGUCCUGCUCGUCCUGCUCCUCUUCCUCAUUCUCUUCCUCCCCCUUCUCUCCUCCGCUUCCUCUUUGUCCUCCUCCAUCUAUCCGUACACCAAACAACUCGGCGGACAACCCAUAACAAUCAAAACAACCGCCGAUAAUGUGCAGGUAAUCGUCAGGCUCUCGCAUACGAUCGAACCACCGUGGGCAGGGUGGUUUUUCGCCAUAACAUCAACCUAUAUUCUUUCCAAGCUCAUCAGUCGGGCACGGCCCGCACGGGUGGUAUCUACAGUCAGCCGCGCCGAUCUGGACGACUUAAAAGAUAAUACAAAGAAUACAACCCCCCUCCACAACCCCCUGGCGUCCGCCUCGGCUUCGAUACCGACCGAUGUCCUCGAGGUCGGAGUCGAGGAUAUAUCUGCCUUGGAGUCUACCACUCCGCCAGUCCAGAGUCCGAGUUACACGCUUCUUCCACUGUGCAGACAGCUGGCUUCCAUCCAGUGA